AUGGCAUCGAUUUUAUCCGUCCCACCCGAAGUUAUCAUCAACAUCCUCAAACUUCUCAACCCCUUCGAGAUCGACGCCGUCGCCAGGACACUUAAUUCACAUCUCUACCACCCUGCCAUGCACUUGAAUGCAUCUUGCCAUGGAUGGGUUCAGAAUGCACGGGCUAUGUGCAAGUUAUUCCCUCCAUCUGGAUACCGCAGGUUGCUCCCUUCAUGGCCUGGACAUAUCCCCGUCCUUGGUGAAUGCGAACUAGGCAGCGAUCAGAUACCAGCAAGCCAAUAUGAAGACUACGGCUUGGAUCCAAGCGGAGGUCCUUUUUUUCGAAGCUCGCCUCCCAAUCUGCGCAGCUGGAUGAAGCUAGAUGGAAGCUUUGAUUGGCUUGAACCGCUCGAUGGGAAGAUCUCAGACGAAAGCGCGAGGCAUCGUGAAACUGAGGGUGGUCACCAGCCAGCUCCCAAGAGCCAGGUUGAUAAGCUCAUAGCCAAAGCGACAAAACUCGGCCUUACUUUGCCUGUUGGCUUCGAGACUUUCUUCAGCAGUGAUCGAUUGCACUAUCGUAUCCCAAGCACGCGCGCGUGGUAUUUCUUUCUAGGAAAGCUAGUGAAGUGCCCUUGGUCAAUGGACAACGGCGCUGGAGGGUACAUUUUGCGCUUCUACUGCGACCAGCAGUGGUGUGCGUUUGCAUACCUGUAUCUCAGCCCAUCUGGAUACCACUGUGUUUGGUACUCUGCUCUCGAUUUGUAUGCAGAAAUGGGCAUCGAAGAGGAGGAGAUGGAAGAUUACGAUGAAGACGAGCAGAACCACGAUGACGACGAGCUUGAGGAGGAAGAGGAAGGACAGGGUGAGGAUGGUGGUAACGACAAUGAGGAGGAUGACGACGACGACGACGACGAUGACGACGAUCAUGAAACCUUGCCACAAAUAUCCAAGAAGAAGAUCGCCCUGGUCGCGCUAACUUUCGAAGAGUACUUGGCAAUGGUGUACUUUGAGGAGCUGCUGCAGUUCGGAUCUACCGCUUUUGAAGGGCUGUGUGAUUACGUCCAACAUACCUACCUCUCGCCCGUCAAGAUACAGCAUAUGAGAGAAUCAUGCCCAGCUGUUAAUUCCUUCCUCAGGGCCAUCCGUUGGGGGAGCAAGGCGCGUCGCCAGAGGUUGACCUCCCCGGAUCUCUGGCCCUACAACAAGACGGGAUCCCUCGAAGGAUCUAGCGCAAAUUUCGAGAGGAUGGUUAAGGCAUAG